AUAUUUCGAUGAGAAGAACCGCUCGCUUAGGAGCCUGGAAAAUCUCCUCCCUGGAGAUUUUUCAUCACAAAGUAGAAUAGAAAAUAUACCUCGCGCGUAAAGAGCGAGCGAGAGAAAGAGAUUCGAGGACGCAGAUCAGCCGAGACGACCACCGAGAACCCGAACGCUCUAUACCGACCAACUAUUCGUCUGUAAUAACAUCGCUCCUUGUCCAGGAGGAUGGUGACAAACGGAUCCGAAGAAAUCUCGAGCGGAACGGGAUGGAAGUGCCGAGCUGCGAAACGCUUCGAAGCUACGCCAGAUUUAACGUUGGCCUCCAACCGGGACGACAAUAAUCCCCGCUAUUAUCGAUGCAAUCUCGGCAAGGUGAUGAAAGAAUGCGACGAGGCUUCCAGCCGACCGGGAGCGCAGUCCCGAUUUCCCAACAGUCGUUUAGAGUCGUCGGAAACGUCGAUCUCGAAUGUUUCAAGCAUCGAUGAGGCAUUCAACGCUGCGUUACGAGGCGAAUUAUCUUUCGACGAUAUGAUCCGAAUGAUUUCCAGCUUGAUGCAGGCGCGCUACACCAGAAUCAAGACUCUCGCGUUCCUUGCAAUCAACGACAUCGGAGCGUAUUGGAGUGCCACAGACGGUACGCAUUUCCACCGUGCAAAAGUGGUCAACAAAUUGAUCGGAUAUUAUCUGAUCUCAAUUGCGAUUUACAUAAUCGAACUAUGUUUCUGGACUAAUGGAAAAUUGUUUCGUCACCUUGUCGACCUGCUUCUGGAGCCGAGGGAAAAAACUCAAGUGCUGGUCGCAGUCCUCGUGGCAGCGAUCUUUCUCCUCGUCCUCUAUCUGCUCGGAGGUGAGGGGAAUUUAUUCGCAUCAUCGGUCUGCAGGCACUAGAAGCACGACAGGCGAGUAAUACUAUAAUAAGGACGGAGACAUCGACGAGAGGAAGGCAGAGAGAGAGAGAGAGAGCGAGAGAAAAACGUAUCGCAUUGAUCGAUUGAUCGAGAAUCGGAGGCAGCGAAACAGACGCGCGAAUCUCUUGGCGUACAGUUCGAUCAAUCCCCUGACAAAUAGAUCCUCCCUGGGUGCGCUCCAGAACUUUUGCACCGUGACGCGCGCUCCUCGAGUUCUCUUCUCCCUCUUUACUCCAGGGGGCAAAUGAAACUCGAUUAUUGUAUUUACGAACACGCGCACACAACUUUUCUCGUAAUACCGCUAUCCGAUACAGCCGACAAUGCGUCUCGGCGUUGUUUUACUGCACAUGUAAAUCCACAGUAGUAAAUAAAACAUUUCGUUACCGUGCGUAAAGUACUUGAAUUACUAGAAUUUUC